AUGACAAAUGCACAUGGCGGCGGCUCCAUGUUAGUGGAGCUAAAUACACACAACGCCUUGCAUAAACCGAAAUUCGAAACGUUAUCACCUUAUGAACCAACCUCAUUUAUCAGUUUCAACAGUGAGGACGAUGAUUUCAACCUUAACCAUAGUCACAAUUACGACGAUGCCAACAGCAAUAAUGCCUCUCCCUACACCAUGUCCCCAUGGAACUACCAUCCCAACACUUCUUCUCCGAUCAAAAAGUCUCCUUGGUCAUUACCCAGCUCAACCGGAAACCACCACAACGAAGAUUAUUAUUCCCCGGAAACUGAGCUCAUUGGAUCCCUCGUCCGCGAAACAGGUCACAUUUAUUCUUUAGCUGUUUCUGGAGAAUUGUUAUAUGCAGGCUCCGACAGUAAGAACAUAAGAGUCUGGAAGCAUCUCAAGGACUUCACCGGUUUCAAAUCAAGCAGUGGUUUGGUCAAAACCAUAGUAAUCUCUGAUGGGAAGAUUUUCACCGGCCAUCAAGACGGAAAGAUUAGAGUGUGGAAAGUUUCAUCCAAGAAUCCAUAUAACUACAAACGAAUAGGGAGCUUGCCCACGUUUAAAGAAUACGUGAAAUCCUCCAUGAACCCAAAGAACUACGUGGAGGUUCGACGAAACCGAAACGCGGUGAAGGUGAAACACUUUGAUGCCAUUUCGAGUCUAAGCUUGGACAAAGAAGCAGGGCUGUUAUACUCUGGAUCGUGGGACAAGACGCUGAAGGUGUGGCGUUUGGCGGAUUCAAAAUGCUUAGAUUCUAUCCCUGCACACAAUGAUGCAGUGAAUGCGGUGGUAGCGCUGCUUGAAGGAAGCGUAUUAACAGGGUCUGCAGAUGGGACGGUGAAGUUAUGGAGGAGAGUGAACGUGAAAAAGGGGGAUAAAGAGAAGAAGCCUAAACAUGUGUUGGAUCGGAUUUUGCUAAAGCAAGAAAAUGCUGUUACAGCGUUGGCAGUGAACUGCAUGGCUACAAUAGUUUACUGUGGUUCUUCAGAUGGGUUGGUGAACUUUUGGGAGUGUGACCAUAAAGGUGAGUACUUGCAGGGUGAUGUUUUAAGGGGUCACAAGCUCGCCGUGCUUUGCCUUGCCACGGCGGGGAACCUCGUAUUCAGUGGCUCAGUGGAUAAUAAUGUGUGUGUGUGGAGGCACAGUGAAAAUGGAUUCCACACAUGUCAUUCAGUUUUGAUAGGUCAUACAGGACCUGUUAAGUGCAUUGCUGUGGAGCAAAGGGAACAAGGAUGGAUUGUCUAUACUGGGAGCUUGGACAACUCGGUGAAGGUCUGGCAUGUGUCUGAACAACUGUUGGAGGCCACCAUCCAAUGCAAGACCACUUUGAAUCAUAUCAGUUCUUCCUAUUCCUCACCAAGAACAAUGAGUGUUAAUUCUUCCAUAGCAGAAACUAAUUGUUCCACCCCAUCAAAGUCCAUUAUUAGCAAUGAAAACGACCUUGAUAACCCUAACAGUGAUGCUUCUAUCACCACUCCCACUCACGAUAGAGAAGACAGAUAUUACAUUUCGGCUGACAUUCAUGACCACAGGCACAACAGAGAUGAUUAUGGGAGGAACACAAAUAAUGCUAAAAGCAUUAAGAAUGACCAUAGAAAUGUUGAUGAUGAUAAUAAGAAUGACGUCAAUGACGUUAAAAGGGUAAGUAAAAACACUCACACCAACAACAAUGUUGAUAUUGGUAGACGCAUUGGCAAUGACAAUGAAAACCACCACAUUCAUGGUCAUCAAAGUAACCACAAUGGUGACGACGAUGUUUAUAAGAGAACUGAUUGUAAUAUUCAUAGCACUACAACUAAAGGCACUCACAACAUUGAAUGCAAUGCUAAAAGCAUUAAGAAUGAGAAUGACAACAAAUUCAACAACAAUUAUAGCAUUCAUGCUGGUAAAAGCACCAACGUUGACAACAGUUGUAACAUGGAUGGAAGUAAAAACAAUGAUAUUAUCAACAAUAAUAAAGUUGAUAUUAGUACAGGGAUCGACUAUAGCAAUGGUGGUGCUUAUGUCAACAACAAGAGCAAUUACAGUAUUGACAGAAGUAAAGAAGUUGACAACAAUAACUACGACAAUCAUGGCACUAAAAACAUUAGCAAUGACUUCGACAACCAAUACAACAAUCAUACCAGUUAUGGUGGUAAAAGAAUUGACACGGAUAACAAUCACAGCACAAGUGUAAGUAAAAAUAUUGACAUUAGCAACAACAAGAACAAUGCUGAUAUUGGUAGAUACAUUGACAAUGACAACACAUAUCACAAUACUAAUGGUCUUAAAAGUAACAACAAUAGCGACAACAACCAUAACAAUGGUAGUGCUCAUGCCAACAACAGAAGUAGUUGCAACUUUGAGAGCAUAAAGAGUAAAGACAUUGUUAUUAACAACCAAGACAAUAACACUAUUAAAGGGAUUGAGAAUGACAAUGACAGCAAGUACAAAAAGAGUGUUAGGACUAAAACCACCAACAAUAAAGACAACUGCAAAAUUGGUGAUGUUGAAAUCAAUGGAGACAAGUGCACCAGUGUUGAUGAUAUUCGAAGUAUUAAGUAUGAAAGUAACAACGAACAAAAAGAUGAAGAUAUUGUUAAAGGCAUCAACCUCAAUUAUAACCGCUGCAAUGAAAAAAACAUUAAGAAUGACAUCAAUGUUCACAACAAAGGAGAAGAUAUAUGCAACCACGACAACAAUUGUAACAAUGGUAGUGGCAAAAGCAUUGACAUUGACAACAAUCGCAACAUCAAUGCAGGUAAAAACACUGUCAAUCAAAUUAGCAAUAUGAACUAUGAUAGUGGAUAUGCAAAUGGAAACAAUAUAUGCAAUAGUGAUAGCACUAAAAGCAAUGACAAUGACAAUACCAACAAAUAUCACAAGAAUGUUAGCAAUAAAAUUAAUGACAUCAGAGACAAAAAUUCCAAUAAUGAUCUUUCCAACAGUGGUGGCAAUGGAAACAACAUUCAUCCAAGUGCUUAUCACAAUGGAAAUAAUAUCCAAAAUAGUGAUAAUGCUAAGAAUAAAACCGAUAAAAGGAAUGCAAAAGCAUUUAUGAAUGGCAAUAACAAUAUCUAUGACUCUAGUGAUUCUUAUGUCAACAACAUCACUACCAGUAUUGAUACUAAAAGAGCUGGAAAUGAUAAGAAUAUUAUGAAAGAUAAUAGUUCUAAGAGUGAUGAUGAUAGAAACAACAUUCAUACACGUGCUUAUCACAUAGAGAAUAAUGUCCAAAAUAACGAUGAUGUUAGAAAUAGAGAAAACAAAAAGGACAAGAGAAAUAAUAAAACUUUAACAAGUGGUGACAAUAAUAUCUAUGAUUGUGGUGAUUCUUAUGCCAACAACACGCCCAACAAUCAUGAUGUUAAAAGAGGUGGAAAUGACAAGAAGAUUGUGAAAGGUGAUAAUGUUAAGGGUGAUGACAAUGGAAACAACCUUCAUGCAAGUGUUUAUCACAGUGAGAAUAAUAUCCAAAAUAGUGAUAAUGCUAAACAAAAAGUUGACAAAAGGAAUAAUAAAACUGUUAUGAGUGGUAACAACAAUAUUUAUGAUUGUGAUGAUUCUUAUUUCAACAAUAUCCCCAACAGUCAUAAUGUUCAAAGUGGAGGAAAUGACAAGAAAAUUAUCAAAGAUGAUAAUUCUAAGAGUAGUAGCAAUGGAAACAACAUUCAUGCAUGUGCUUAUAAUGACAAUAAUAUCCAAAAUAGUGAUGGUUCUAAAAAUGGAGGAAACAAAAGUGACCAAAAAAGUAAUAAAACCUCUAUGAGUGGUGACCAAAAUAUUUAUGAUUAUGAUGAUUCUUAUGUCAACAACAUCCCCAAUAGUCACGUUAAAAAAGGUGGAAAUGACAAAAUGAUUAUGAAAGAUGAUAAUUUUAAGAGUGGUGACAAUGGAAAGAACAUUCAUGCAAGUGUUUAUCACAAUAAGAAUAAUAUCCAAAGCAGAGAUGAAGCUAAAAAUAGAGAAAACAAAAAUGACAAAAGAAAUAAUAAAACAUCUAUGAGUGGUGACAAUAAUAUUUAUGACUGUGAUGAUUCUUAUGUCAACAACAUUUCCAGCAAUAGUGAUGCUAAAAGGGGUGGAAAUGACAAAAAGAUUGUGAAAGAUGAUAGUGCUUCUAGAAAAGUUGAUAGUAAUUUCAAGAAUGGUGACUUUAAGAGUGGUGUUAAUGUUGGCAACACAAGCAACAUUAACAACUCUAAGGAUAGAGUCAACAAUUGUUAUGUUGCUUACGAGAAGAUCCAUAAGAAUGAUGAUCCAAAGAUUAGUGGCAAUAAUUACAAUGCCAACAAUAACGGAACUUCUAAGAGUAAAGGUCAUGCUGAUCAUACUUGCAAUGGGGUUUAUGGUAAUAAUAUUCCAAACAAUGAUGAUGACACAAAAAAUAAGGACAAUGGUAAUCACAUUCGCAACAUUGAUUGUGUUAGAAAAGACAAAGACAAAGACAACAACAUCAACAAAAAUGUCAAUUCUAAGAGAAUUGAAAAGGGAAACAAUGAUCGUAAUAGUGUUUAUGACCAUAGGAAUGCCAUUUGCAAUAAUGACGAUGCUAAAAAAGGUAGCAACUAUAAUAGCAAGGGCAAUGAUAAUAGUUCCAAGAGAGGUGACCAUGAUGUCAACAAUAACAACCUUCAUGGCAACGCCAACCCCAAGAAUGAUGGUGCUAAAAGAAAUGUUAGUGAAUAUAACAACCUAAAAAAUAAUGGAGUUUGUGACAGCAAAAGAAAUAGUCAUACAGAUAAAAGAAGUUCCUACAAUGAAGAACUCAACAAAAAUAACAUUGAAAGAAAAGACAAUAGUAACAAUUUCAACGACUACAACAAUGAAAGCAAUCUCAAUAGUAAUUCAAACAACAUUAGCAACAAUGUUAAUUCUAAGGGCAAUGGAAAGGGAAACAACAAUAGCAAUAAUGUUUACGACAAUGGGAAUCUCAUUUACAAUAAUGGUGGUGUUAAAAAAGUAGGCAAUUAUAAUGACGACAAUAAUGAUGGUAGUUCUAAGAGAGGUGACAAAGAUGACAACAAUCUCAAUCUUUUUGGAAAUGUCUAUACCAAGAACGAUGGUGCUAAAAGAAAUGUUAGUGACUAUAACAACUUAAAAAAUAAUGGUGUUUGUGAUAACAAAAGAAAUAGUCAUACAGAUAAAAGUAAUUCCUACAACGAAGAACUCAACAAAAAUAUCAAUGAAAGAAAAGACAAUAGCCACAAUUUCAAUGACCACAAGAUUGAAAGCAAUAUCAAUAGCAAUUCCAACAACAACGUUAAUUACAAGGGCAAUGGAAAGGGAAACCCCAAUCGUAAUAGUGUUUACGACAAUGGAAAUGUCAUUUGCAAUAAUGNUGGUGUUAAAGAAGGUAGCAAUUAUAAAGACCAAAAUAAUGAUGGUAGUUCUAAGAGAAGUGACAAUGAUGACAACAAUCUUAACCCUUUUGGGAAUUCCCACUCCAAGAAUGAUGGUGCUAAAAGAAAUGUUAAUGACUAUAACAACCUAAAAAAUAACAGUGUUUGUGAUAGCAAAAGAAAUGGUAAUAUAGACAAAAGUAAUUCCUACAACGAAGAACUAAACAAAAAUAGCACUGAAAGAAAAGACAAAAGCAAGAAUUUCAACGACUACAAAAUUGAAAAAAAUCUCAAUAGCAAUUCCCACGACAUCAACAACAAUAUUAAUUCUAAGGGCAACGAAAAGGGAAAUAACAACCGUAAUAAUUUUUAUGACAAUGGAAAUGUCAUUUGCAAUAAUGAUGGUGUUAAAAGAGGUAGCAAUUAUAAUGACAAGAAUAAUCAUGAUAGUUUUAAGAGAGGUGACAAUGAUGACAAAAAUCUCAACCUUUUUGGAAAUGACUACCCAAAGAAUGAUGGUAGUAAAAUAAAUGUUAGUGACUAUAACAACCUAAAUAAGAAUGAUGUUUAUGGCAGCAAAAGUAAUACUCAUACUGAUAAAAGCAAUUCCUACAAUGAUGACCUCAACAAUAAUAACACUGAAAGAAAAGACAACAGAAACAAUUUCGACAACUACAAGACUGAAAGCAAUCCCAAUAGCAAUUCCAAGAACAUCAACAACAAUGUUAAUUCUAAGGGAAAUGGAAAGGGAAACAACAAUCGUAAUAACGUUUAUGACAAUGGGAAUGUCAUUUGCAAUAAUGACGGUGUUAAAAAAGGUACCAAUUAUAAUGAGGUGGAUAAUUAUGCUAGUUCAAAGAAAAGUGACAACGAUGACAACAAUUGCAACAAUUAUGGCAACGCAAUCCUCAAGAAUGAUGGUGCUAAAAGAAAUGUUAGUGACUAUGACAACCUAAAAAUUAAUGGUGCUUUUGGCAGCAAAAGUAAUAGUCACACUAAUAAAAGCAAUUCCUCCAUGGUUGAAUUCAGUAAUAAUAAUACUGAAAGAAAUGACAAUUGCAGUAAUAAUGUUUAUGACAAUUCGAAUGUCAUUGACAAUAAUGAUGAUGUUAAAGGAGGUAGCAGUUAUAACGAAAAAAGUAAUGAUGAUAUUUCUAAGAGAGUUGACCAUGAUGACAACAAUCCCAACCUUCAUGGCAAAGCUAAUCUCAAGAAUGAUGGUACAAAAAGAAAUGUUGGUGACCAUAACAGCCUAAAAAAUAAUGAUGUUUGUGAUAGGAAAAGAAAUAGUCACACAGAUAAAAGCAAUUCCUACAACGAAGAACUCAACACAAACAACACUGGAAGAAAAGGCAAUAGCAACAAUUUCAAUGAUUACAUUAUUGAAAACAAUCUCAACAACAAUUCCAACAACAUCAACAUUAAUUCUAGGGGCAAUGAAAAUGAAAACAACAAUCUUAAUAGUGUUUACGACAAUGGGAAUGUUAUUUGCAAUAAUUAUAAUGUUAAAAAAGGUAGCAAUUAUAAUGACAAGUAUAAUGAUGGUAGUGCUAAGAGAGGUGACAAUGAUGAGAACAAUCUCAACCUUUUUGGAAACACUUGCCUCAAGAAUGAUGGUGCCAAAAGAAAUGUUAGUAAUUAUAACAAACUGGAAAAUAAUGGUGUUUGUGACGCCAAAAGAAAUAGCCAUACAGAUAAAAGAAAUUCUUACAAUGAAGAACACAACAAAAAUAAUACCGAAAGAAAAGAAAAGAGCAACAAUAUCGAUGACUACAAGAUUGAAAGCAAUCUCAAUAGCAAUUCCAACAACACCAACAACAAUGUUAAUUGUAAGGGCAAUGCAAAGGGAAACAACAAUCGUAAUAGUGCUUACGAUAAAAGGAAUGUCAUUUGCAAUAAUGAUGGUGUUGAAAAUGGUAGAGAUUAUAAUGACGAGAAUAAUAAUGGUAGUUCUAAGAGAGAUAACAAUGAUGACAACAAUCUCAACCUUUUUGGAAAUGCCUAUCUGAAGAAUGAUGAUACUAAAAGAAAUGUUCGUGACUAUAGCAACCUACAACAUAAUGGUGUUUGUAACAGCAAAAGAAAUAGUCAUACGGAUAAAACAAAAUCCUACAAUGAAGAACUUAACAAAAAUGUCGCUGAAAGAAAAGACAAUAGCAAUACUUUCAAUGAAUACAAGAUUGAAAGCAAUCUCAAUAACAAUUGCAACAACAUCAACAACAAUGUUAAUUCUAAGUCCAAUGGAAAGGGAAAUAACAAUCGUAAUAGUGUUUACAAUAAUGGGAAUGCCAUUGGCAAUAAUGAUGGUCUUAAAAAAUGUAGCAAUUAUAAUGACAAGAAUAAUGAUGGUAGUUCUAAGAGAGGUGACAACGAUGACAACAAUCUCAACCCUUUUGGAAACUCCUACCCCAAGAAUGAUGGUACUAAAAGAAAUGUUAGUGACUAUAACAACCUAGAAAAUAAUGGUGUUUAUGGCAGCAAAAGUAAUAUUCAUACUGAUAAAAACAAUUCCUAUAAUGGUGACCCCAACAUAAAUAGCACUAAAAGAAAAGACAAUAAAAACAAUUCCAAUGACUACAAGAUCGAAAGUAAUAUCAAUAACAUUUCCAACAACAUCAACAACAAUGUUAAUUCAAAGGGCAAUGGAAAGGGAAACGACAAUUGUAUUAACAUUCAUGACAAUGGGACCGUCAUUUGCAACAAUGAUGGUUUUGAAAAAGGUAGAGAUUAUAAUGAUGUGGGUAAUGAUGCUAGCGCAAAGAAAAGUGACAACGGUGACAACAAUUACAUCUUUUAUGGCAAACCCAACCCCAAGGAUGAUAGUGUUAAACAAAAUGCUAGUGGUUAUAGCAACUUAAAAGGUAAUGGUCUUUGUGGCAGUAAAAGUAAUAGUCAUACUGAUGAAAACAAUUCCUACAUGGAUGAACUCAAUAAUAGUUGUACUAAAAGAAAUGACAAUUGCAACAAUCCAAGCGACUACAAGAUUAAAAGCAGUCUCAAUAGCAAUUCAAACAACAUUAACAACAAUGUUAAUUCUAAGGGCAACAAAAAGGGAGACAAUGACUAUAAUAGUGUUUUUGACAACGAGAAAGUUUUUUGCCAUAAUGAUGGUAGAAAUUAUGAUGAAAAGACUAAUGAUGGAAGUUCUAAGAGAGGUGGCAAUGAUGACAACAAUUACAACCUUCAUGGCAACACCAACCUCAAGAACGAUGGUGCUAAAAGAAAUGUUAGAGAUUAUAACAACCUAAAAACUAAUGGUGUUUGUGACAACAAGAGUAACAAUCAUACAAAUAAAAGCAAUUCCUCUUACGUAGAACUCAACAAAAAUAGCACUGAAGGAGAAGACAAUAACAACGAUUUCAACAAUUACAAGAUUGAAAGCAAUCUCAAUAGCAAUACCAACAACAUAAAAAAUAAUGUUAAUUCUAAUGACAACGGAAAGGGAAACAACAAUCGUACUAGUGUUUACGACAUUGGGAAUGUCGUUUGCAAAAAUGAUGUUAAAAAUGGUAGCAAUUAUAUUGAUAAAGGUAAUGAUGGUAGUUCUAGAAGAGGUGAAAAUGAUGACAACAAUUGUAACCUUUAUGGCAACUCCAACCCCAAGAAUGGCGGUGCUAAAGGAAAUAUGGCUGACAAUAACAACCUAAAAAGUAAUGGUGUUUGUGGAAGCAAAUUUAAUAUUGCUACUGAUAAAAGCAAUUCCUUCGACAAUGAACUCAAUAAUAAAAGCAUUAAAAGCAACGACAAUUUCAACAAUCUCAAUGACAACCGGAUAAAAAACAUUCUCAAUAACAAUUCCAACAACAUCUGCAACAAUGUUAAUUCUAAGGGUAACGGAAAAGAAAAUAACAGUCGUAAUAGUGUUUACGGCAAUGAGAGUGUCAUUUGCAAUAAUGAUGUUGUUAAAAAAAGUAGAAAUUAUAAUGACGAGGUUAAUGAUGGUAGUUCCAAUAGAGGUGACAACAAUCACAACCUUUAUGGCAACGACAACCACAAGAAUGAUGGUGCUAAAGGAAAUGAUAAUGACUAUAUCAACCUAAAAAAUAAUAGUGUUCUUGGCAGCAAAAGUAAUAGUCACACGGAUAAAAGCAAGUCCUACAACGAUGAACUCAAUAAUAAUUGCAUAGAAAGCUAUGAUAAUUGCAACAAUCUCAACGACUACAAGAUUAAAACCAAUCUCAAUCAAAAUUCUAACAACAUCAACAACAAUGUUACUUCUAAGGACAAUCGAAAAGGAAACAACAAUUGUAGUAGUGUCUACGACAAUGGGAAUGUUUGUUGCAAUAAUGAUGGUGUUAAAAAAGGUGGAAAUUAUAAUAAUGAGGGUAAUGAUGGUAGUUCUAAGAGAGGUCGCAAUGAUGACAAAAAUCGUGACCUUUAUGGCAACUCCAACUGCAAGAAUGAUGGUGUUGAAAGAAAUGCUAAGGACUAUAACAACCUAAACAAUAAUGGUGUUUAUGGCAACAAAGGUAAUAGUCAUACUGAUAGAAACAAUACCUACAACGAUGAACAUAAGAAUAAUUGCACAACAAGCAAUGACAAUUGUAACAAUCUCAACGAUUUCAAGAUUAGAAGCAAUCUCAAUAGCAAUUCCAAAAAUAUCAACAACAAUGUUAAUUCUAAGGACAACAGAAAGGAAAAUAACAAUCAUAAUAAUUUUUACGACAAUGGGAAUCUCAUUUACAAUAAUGGUGGAGUUAAGAAAGGUAGUAAUUAUAGUGUCAAGGGUAUUGAUUAUAAUUCCAAGAGAGGUGACAAUGAUGACAACAAUCGCAACCUUUAUGGCAAUGUCAACCCCAAGAGUGAUGGUGCUAAAAGAAAUGUUAAUGACUAUAACAGCCUAAAAAAUAAUGGUGUUUGUGGCAGCGAAAGUAAUAGUCAUACUGAUAAAAGCAACCCCUACAACGAUGAACUCAACAAUAAUAGCACUAAAAGGAAUGAUGAUUGCAACAAUCUCAAUGACGACAAGAUUAAAAGCAAUCUCAAUAGGAAUUUCAACGAUAUCAAUAACAAUGGUAAUUCUAAGGGCAACGGAAAAGGAAACAAUAACCAUAAUAGUGUUUUCGAGAAUGGGAAUGCCAUUUGUCGUAAUGAUGGUGUUAAAAAAGGUAGCAAUUAUAUUGACGAGGGUAAUGAUGUUGAUUAUAAGAGAAGCAAUAAUAAUGACAACAAUCGCAACCUUUAUGACAACACCAACCCCAAGAAUGAUAGUGCAAAAAGAAAUGUUGGUGACUAUAACAACCUAAUAAAUAAUGGUGAUUGUGGUAGCAAAAGUAAUAGUCAUACCAAUAAAAACAAUUCCUACAAGGAUGAACUCAACAAUAAUAGCACUGAAAGAAAAGAAAAUAGCAAAAAUUUCAACGACUACAAGAUUAAAAGUAAUCCCAAUAGCAAUUCCAACAAUAUCAACAUCAAUGUAAAUUCUACGGGCAACAGAAAUGGAAACAACAAUCGUAAUAGUGUUUACGACAAUGGAAAUGUCAUUUGUAAUAACGAUGGUGUUAACAAAGGUAGCAAUUAUAAUGACGAGGGUAAUGCUGGUUAUUCUAAGAGAGGUGACAAUGAUGACAACAACAACAACCUUUAUGGCAACAUCAAUGCCAAGAAUGAUAGUGCUAAAAAAAGUGUUGGUGAUUAUAACAACCUAAAAAAUAAUGGUGUUUGUGGGAGAAAAAAUAAUAGUCAUACUGAUAAAAGCAAUUCCCACAAGGAUGAACUUAACAAUAAUAGCACUGAAAGUCAUGACAAUUGCAACAAUCUCAAUGACUACAAGAUUAAAAGUAAUACCAAUAGCAAUUCCAACAACAUCACCAACAAUGUCAAUUUUAAGGCCAACGGAAAGGGAAACAACAAUCGUAAUAAUGUUUACGACAAUGGGAAAAUUAUUUGCAGUAAUGAUAAUGAUGGUAGUUCUAAGAGUACUGACAAUGAUAACAACAAUCAUAACCUUUUUGGAAACGUCAAUUCUAAGAAUGAUAGUGUUAAAAGAAAUGUUAGUGACUACAAAAACCAAAAAAACAAUGAUGUUUGUAGCAGCAAAAAUAGUAGUCAUUCUAGUAAAAGCAAUUCUUACAAGGAUGAACUCAAUCACAACAACACUGAAAACAAUGACAAUUUCAAUGAUCUCAACGAUUACAAGAUUAAAAGUAAUCUGAAUAGAAAUUCCAAUGAUAGAAACUACAAGGGUUCUGAAAGCAUCGGGAACAAUAUCAAUCAGAAUCGAGACCAUGCUAAAAUCAAUAAUGAUGUUAGCAAUAAUAAAAUCAAUGUCAGCAGCUUACAUAAUAACUCAAGCAAUAUUUUGCUAAACAACAACAGUGAUAUUGGUGACUAUCGAAACGAGAACGAGAGACAUUUGCAAAGUAGAAAUCAACAAUGUAAUUAA